AGGGCGGCGGCGACCGCGGGUCCAGAGAGGCCGUGCGCCCAGCCCGCCCGCACCGCGCCAUGGCCCCGCGCGCCCGGCGGCGCCGCCAGUUUCCCGCGCCUCUGCUGGCGCUCUGCGUGCUGCUCCUCCCAUUGCAGGUGACCCUCCAAGUCACUCUGCCGUGCACCCAGGAGAGGCACUAUGAGCAUCUUGGACGGUGUUGCAGCAGAUGCGAACCAGGAAAGUACCUGUCUUCUAAAUGCACUCCCACCUCCGACAGUGUGUGUCUGCCCUGUGGCCCAGAUGAAUACUUGGAUACCUGGAAUGAAGAAGAUAAAUGCUUGCUGCAUAAAGUCUGUGAUGCAGGCAAGGCCCUGGUGGCGGUGGACCCUGGCAACCACACGGCCCCGCGUCGCUGUGCCUGCACGGCGGGCUACCACUGGAACGCAGACUGCGAGUGCUGCCGUCGGAACACGGAGUGCGCACCGGGCUUCGGAGCUCAACAUCCCUCUCAACGUGGAUACCGUGUGCACACCCUGCCUCCUGGGCUUCUUCUCAGAUGUCUUUUCGUCAACAGACAAAUGCAAACCCUGGACCAACUGCACCGUCCUUGGGAAGAUGGAAGCACACCAAGGGACGACGGAAUCAGAUGUGGUCUGCAGCUCUUCCCUGACACUCAUAAAACCACCCAAGGAGGCCCAGGUUUACUUGCCCAGUCUCAUCGUCCUGCUCCUCUUCAUCUCUGUGGUAGUGGUGGCUGCCAUCGUCUUCAGCAUUUACUACAGGAAGGGAGGGAAAACGCUGACAGCUAAUCUGUGGAAUUGGGUCAAUGAUGCUUGCAGUAGUCUCAGUGGAAAUAAGGAGUCCUCAGGGGACCAUUGUGUUGGUUCCCACUCGGCAAACUCCAGCCAGCAAGAAGUGUGUGAAGGUAUCUUACUAAUGACUCGGGAGGAGAAGAUGGUUCCAGAAGACUGUGCUGGAGUCUGUGGACCUGUGCGUGCGGCAAGUGGGCCCUGGGCAGAAGGCAGAGAUGCUAGGACGUUCACCUUAGUCAGCGAGGUUGAGACGCAGGGGAACCUCUCAAGGAAGAUCCCCACAGAAGAUGAGUACACGGACCGGCCCUCACAGCCUCCGAAUGGUUCACUGUUCCUAAUCCAGCCUGGAAGCAGAUCGACACCCCCGUUCCAGGAGCCCCUGGAAGUGGGGGAGAACGACAGUUUAAGCCAGUGUUUCACGGGGACGGAAAGCAUGGUGGAUUCCGAAGGCUGCGACUUCACCGAGCCUCCAAGCAGAACUGACUAUAUGCCUGCAUCCCCUGAAAAGCUCCUGACAAAAGAAAUAGAGGAUGACAGUUGCCUACCCUGGGUGGCCAACUCCAACUCAACGGAUGGCUACACAGGCAGUGGGAACACUCCUGGGGAGGACCAUGAACCCCUUCCGGGGUCCCUGAAAUGUGGACCGUUGCCCCAGUGUGCCUACAGCAUAGGCCUUCCCAGUGAAGCAGCAGCCAGCUUGGCAGAGGUCGGAGCGCAGCCCCAGGACAGGGCUGAUGCAAAGCUUCCGAGCUCAGAGAGGGGAGCCUCGGGGUCUGGGAGUUCGCCCAGUGAACAGCCACCUGCCUCUGGAAACGUGACAGGAAACAGUAACUCCACGUUCAUCUCCAGCGGGCAGGUGAUGAACUUCAAGGGUGACAUCAUCGUGGUGUACGUCAGUCAGACCUCACAGGAGGGCCCGGGGCCUGCAGAGCCAGAGCCAGAGCCGGAGCCCGUGGGCCGCCCAGUGCAGGAGGAGACACUGGCACACAGAGACUCCUUUGCGGGCACCGCACCGCGCUUCCCCGACGCAUGCACCACCGGGGCUGGGUUACAGGAGAAGGGGGCAUCUCGGCCGAAGGACUGGGCAUCACGGCCGGUGCAGGAGCAGGGUGGGGCGCAGGCUUCACUCAAUACCCAGGGGUCCGGACAAUGUGCAGAAUGACCGCACCUUCUCUGCCUGCCCUGGGUGCAGGGCACCAAUGGCUUUCCAUAAACAUGUGGUUAGCCACUGCGCACCUCCUCACAGGUGCAGGCUGCUGGCAUGGUGGUGGAGCCCACCUCUCAUUUCCUCCAGUAUCCCUCUCCUCUGCCUCCUACCACCUGGCAUCAUUCAGUUUGGCCUUUUUUGCAACGUCGGUGUCCUGCAUUAUUGCGAUCUAUAGCACCCCGCCCCCCAUAUUUAUUAUUCACUUGCUCCAGUAGUGAUAUUCCCCCCCUCUCGAUAUAUAUAAUCUCCUGACAAUUCUGAAGGUGCUGUCCCCUUUACAUUAUUUGGCACUCCUCUCACCGGCCUUUGCCAGUGUCCUCUAAGCAGAAAAGGCCAGAUGUAGAGAGCUGGGGAGUGAAGUGCAAGAAAUGAGUAGAGGGGCUCAUAUUUUCUGAAAACAGUCUGUGUCUCAGUUUUUCUCCAAAGAGUGAAAGGGACACACGGCCACCACCACUAAAGCUUUUAGUUUGUAUAGAUCCUUGAGAGCUAAGUUCCGGUGGCCUUGUCCCCUACCUGGUUUUAAUUUUGUUUGUUUUUUUGUUUGUUUUGUUUUGUUUUGUUUUUUCCACGGUGGCAGGUACUUGGCCACUAAAUCUCAAAAAAAAAAAAAUCCUAUCUUUUGUGGUUUGGGCAUUCUUAUUUUUAAACAAUUAGCUGUCUAGAAAGAGGGAGAAGUAAAUAGGACAUAAGGCCAAAGGGAAAAUGAAGAUGCCAGGGAAAUUAAAGAAAGAAUGAAUAAAGUUGACACGCUAA